AUGUCGAGAAAUGCUACAUUGCUUCCGAUGAACAUUAUGUGAGUUUAUUAUUUAUUUAUUCUCAGAGGGGUACUGUAGAUGUGGAAAAGGAAAUAGAGUUAAAGUUAGAGUAACUUUGACAUUACGAUAGUUCUUUAAAACAUAUAUAUAUCGUCGUGAAUUUUCAAUCAGAAAUUAUAGGGAAUACGUUGAACGUACUUUUUUGGAUCUAAAAAAUUAAUCCAAAACUUGGAUUUUCCUGAACUGCCUUGAAAAAUUCAGAUUUUCAUUUAUGAAUAUUUGAAAAAAAGAAUUUUUUCCAACAAUAAAAUUUUGAAACUGAACUAAAAAAUGUAGAAUGUAAAUAUCAAGAGCUAUCUGCCGUAAUGAAUUGUCCAAGCAAAUCCUAUUUUCACUUAUGAAUUUUUUGAAACAGUGAAUUUUUUCACUGAACUCGAAAAUCAUUUUGAUAGUCAUUUCCAAAUAGGUAGAACAUUAUUUUUCAAUUCCCUUCGGAAAAAAACUUCUAGAAUUCAUGAAACAGUGAAAUUUUCUAAAAUUCCACGACAUAGUCUUUUCCCACUUCAAUAUUUUUUGUUAUAUUUUCGAAAUAAAAAAUAAAUGGAAGUCAAUAUUACACAGUGUUUCUCCCCAACAUUUUUUCAUCAAAAAUCUUCUGUGCUCUUAUAUUUCUUCUUAUUUUUCAGACAAGAAGGCAAUGUGAAUGAUAAACCACCGUAUAGUUAUGUUGCAUUGAUUGCAAUGGCUAUUGAAGCAUCGCCAGAUCAACGGAUGACACUUAAUCAAAUUUAUAAGGUCAGGAAAAAUACAGGAGAACUUAUCAAACGUAUUUUUGUAUUGGAAAUUCUUCAAAUGCGCUCUAUUGAUAAUCAAAAAUUUUUACUCGAGAAGUUGGUUCAGAAUUACAGUGUUUGAGAAACAUUUUUCUAAAAAAUAAAAAAUGGGGAACAAGUCAAGUCAUUGGAUGAUUCAUAAGUGUGUAUCAAACAUUAUUCACUGUCUAACUAAAUACUCUUCUACCAACAAGAGCUUUUGUUAAGAAAUAGUCAAAAAUAUUCAUGGAUGAAAUACGUUUCAAAAAAUAUAGAUUAAUUUGAAACAUAUAUAUAGCUUGUAGUUUUUAUUUGAAAAGAAAUGUUCCAAAUUUGCAGUUCAUCGAAGCCAAAUUCCCUUACUAUCGUCUAGCAGAUCCAAAAAGAAAACAAGGUUGGCAAAACAGUAUUCGCCACAAUCUGUCGCUCAACGAUUGUUUUGUGAAAAAAUCGAGAGAUGGACAAAGUAGUGCAAAUGAUCGAAAAGGGAAUUAUUGGAUGUUGGUUCCCGAAAAUUUGCCACUUUUUGAUAAUGGAAACUAUAAACGGAGGUGAGAGAUGGCCCAAUUUUCUCAGGUUCAAUUUUUGAAUUCUGAAUUUCAGACGAGUGAAAAAGACUUGGAAUAAGUCGUGGACCUUAUAAUCCCAACAACUUUUCUGAGGCAAAUGAUAUUAAUCAGAUACCAUUUUUCAAAAAUUUACAAUGGCCAACUGUGGACGCAUUUAAUCUAUUCAAGGUAAUUCUUCUAUGAGUAGUUCUGAUAUACUGAUAUAUUUACAGUACACUUAUCCUUCUGCAGUUUCUGGAAACGCUUCAAGUUCGAUAACAAAUCGACAAGAUGAUGUUUCAAGAGUUUACGAUGCUUCGAAUUAUGUGAACCCAUUUCAAACUUCGGCGAUUGUUCCGAAUCCAGCUGUUCUUGUUGGUGGAUUUGAAGCAACGACUACGCCACUUGAGGUUAGUUUGAAACAUUCAAGAAUAUAGAAAAUUUAGAUAAAGUAUUUAGCAUUCUGUAUUUUUUCAAAAUAUUCAAUUUUUGAAAAAGUGAACUUUAUUUUGAAAAAUAUUCUUAGUUCAGAUGAAAAAAAUUAUCAAAGUUUUACAUAAGUUGUGUAUUUUAUUGAAUUUUUGAAACAGUAUUUUUUUCAAAAAUUAAUUCAUUUUUUUGAUAAAUUCGAGUUCAUGUUCUCUAAAAUAAACCUUGUGUCAGAGAAAAAAAUUUCAGAGAAAACUGAAUAAUUUUAUAAUUUUGGAAACAGUGAUAUUUUUUUGAAAACAAGAAUUCAUGAAACACUCGAUCGCGACAUAUAAUAAAUUCCUGAAAUCUUGAAUUUCUCUUCCAUAAAUCUUGAAACAGUGAAAAAAUUGUAUUCAUAAUUCUCAAACUAUGCUGUCUGUGUUAAUUAGCAAGUAGCAUUUCAUAUUUUUCAAGAAAUUCAAUUUUUGAAACUGUGAACUUUUCUUACAAAAGGAUGAUUCGACUUUUUUGAGAUAGUAAACUGUGAAAAACUUUAAAUUCUAUCUGAACAUACGUUCAAAAAUGUAUAUGUUUUACAGUGAUUCCUGUAUUCACUAAUAUCUUAAAAUGUGUCUUCCACAAAACUUGAAACAGUGAAGAAAUUCUAAUUUUCAGGUAAAAGAAGAAGAGAAAAUUCUAUCAGUUCCUCAUCUUGAUACUUCAAGUGUUGUUGCUGCUUUUGGAGAAGCUCAAUCUCAAGUAAGUUACAGUAACUUAUAUUAA